ACCUCCCACCAGCUGAUCAAAACAACCGGUUGGCUCAAAUCAAAGGCUCAGAAGAAUCUUCCCUGGUCUAACCUGUCUUUCAAACCAACUGGUUUUCAUAGAUAAUAUAGAUUCUAGGGGCCAUGCAAAGCUAUUAAUUAGCUUUCUUCUGGAUAAUGCAUUUCUCUUUGGUUAAAGAGCCCCUAAUUUAAAAACCACAAGUUGCUUCUCUGCUUUCUGACCUUAAGAGUUGAAGAAAUCAUUUGGAUAUUGAGAUUUUGCAAAAUGGGUUUGUUGAGUGAGGGACUAACACAGAUUCUGAUACCUGUUGCUGCCUUGGUUGGCAUCGGGUUUGCUCUGCUUCAGUGGUUUAUAGUCUCAAGAGUCAGGGUGUCUUACGAUUCUGGUGAUGCAAAUGGCUACAACGACAGGUUGAUUGAAGAAGAAGAUGGUGCUAACAAUCUUGAGGUUACCAUAAAGUGUGCUGAAAUUCAGAAUGCCAUUUCUGUUGGGGCAACCUCUUUUCUGUUUACUGAGUAUAAAUACCUCACUAUAUUCAUGGGAGUAUUUGGUGGCAUCAUUUUCCUCUUCCUUGGUUCAGUAAAUGGCUUUAGUACCAAAAGUGAACCAUGCACCUAUAACACAGGCAAUAUUUGUAAACCAGCCUUAGCAAAUGCAAUCUUUACUACGAUUGCCUUUUUGCUUGGUGCUAUUACCUCCGUCCUCUCGGGUUUCCUUGGCAUGAAGAUUGCAACCUAUGCCAAUGCUAGAACCACUCUUGAAGCAAGGAAGGGUGUUGGGAAGGCUUUCAUUACAGCUUUCCGGUCUGGUUCUGUGAUGGGAUUCCUUCUUGCUGCUAAUGGACUUUUAGUUCUGUACGUUUCCAUCAAUUUGUUUAAGCUGUAUUAUGGAGAUGACUGGGAGGGACUUUAUGAAUCAAUUACUGGUUAUGGACUUGGAGGUUCUUCAAUGGCACUCUUUGGAAGAGUUGGGGGAGGUAUAUACACUAAAGCAGCUGAUGUUGGUGCUGAUCUUGUAGGAAAGGUUGAACAAAAUAUCCCCGAAGAUGAUCCACGAAACCCAGCUGUUAUUGCAGACAAUGUAGGUGACAAUGUAGGAGACAUAGCAGGUAUGGGAUCUGACCUUUUUGGAUCUUAUGCGGAGUCGACUUGUGCAGCAUUGUUUGUUGCAUCAAUAUCAUCCUUUGGUAUCGGCCAUGACUACUCAGCUAUGUCUUAUCCUCUCAUUAUAAGCUCAAUGGGGAUUGUGGUUUGCUUGGUAACAACUCUUUUUGCAACCGAUUUGUUUGAGAUCAAGAAUGUCAGUGAGAUUGAACCCUCCUUAAAGCGACAACUACUUAUCUCAACUAUCUUGAUGACUGUUGGGAUCGCCGUGGUUACCUUCUUUGCUUUGCCGUCAGAAUUCACCCUCUUCAAUUUUGGAACCGACAAAGCAGUAAAGAACUGGCAUCUUUUCUUCUGUGUUUCAAUUGGGUUGUGGGCAGGACUUGCCAUUGGAUAUACUACAGAGUAUUAUACUAGCAACGCUUAUAGCCCGGUGCAGGAUGUGGCAGAUUCUUGCAGGACUGGUGCAGCAACAAAUGUAAUUUUCGGUUUGGCUUUGGGAUACAAAUCUGUCAUCAUUCCCAUAUUUGCAAUUGCGAUUGCUAUUUAUGUGAGCUUUAGCUUUGCUGCUAUGUAUGGAAUUGCUGUGGCCGCUCUGGGAAUGCUAAGCACCAUUGCCACUGGUCUUGCAAUUGAUGCCUAUGGUCCAAUAAGUGACAAUGCCGGUGGAAUUGCGGAAAUGGCUGGAUUGAGCCAUGAGAUUCGUGAAAGAACGGAUGCAUUAGAUGCUGCAGGAAAUACCACCGCUGCUAUUGGCAAGGGAUUUGCGAUUGGAUCAGCUGCUCUUGUUUCUCUUGCUCUAUUUGGUGCCUAUGUGAGCAGAGCAGGCAUUGAAACAGUCGAUGUGUUGACACCAAAAGUUUUCAUAGGGUUGAUUGUUGGGGCCAUGCUUCCAUACUGGUUCUCAGCCAUGACAAUGAAGAGUGUUGGGAGUGCAGCUCUCAAAAUGGUUGAAGAAGUCCGUCGACAGUUCAAAUCGAUUCCAGGGCUCCUGGAAGGCACAGCAAAACCAGACUAUGCAACGUGUGUUAAGAUUUCUACUGAUGCUUCACUUAGAGAGAUGAUCCCACCUGGUGCUUUGGUUUUGCUUACACCACUAAUUGCUGGCACUUUCUUUGGCGUUGCAACUCUUGCCGGGGUCCUUGCUGGAUCACUUGUUUCUGGUGUGCAGGUUGCCAUAUCAGCUUCUAACACAGGUGGGGCAUGGGAUAAUGCAAAGAAAUACAUAGAGGCUGGAGUCUCUGACCAUGCCAAAGCACUGGGUCCUAAAGGGUCAGAUGCUCAUAAAGCAGCUGUGAUUGGAGAUACAAUUGGGGAUCCACUCAAAGACACUUCUGGUCCUUCACUCAAUAUCCUUAUCAAGCUCAUGGCUGUUGAGUCCUUGGUCUUUGCUCCGUUCUUUGCAACUCAUGGAGGCCUACUCUUCAAACUGCUUUGAAUUUAAGCCAAUAAUAAGCCCGUUUAACUUGGGUUGUAUGUCUGUUUUUUUGCUGUACUAAGUAAUUUCAACAUUCAGAGAGAAGAACCUCGUGGCUUUUGCUAAUUACCAUUUUUACUAUAUAUAUAUAUAUAUAUAUAUGAGGCUAAAUAAUGUAAUGCAAAUAUCAUGUAAAUUUCAUGUACUUUUGACUUUGUUCACUAUCAUUAUAUAUAAUCCUUCCCGUGA